ACUUCCUGCUUCUCUCCGAACCAGGAAAUAAACAAGUCGGUGGUCUGGUUUAAUGAACAGGCGGUGUCCUUUUUUUAAAAUAGCAUUGGAUUAUAGCUAUUUGGCCAAAUUAUCGCCUGUCACCAUGGCCGGCUUCUUCAAGAAAAAGACAGUAGAUGAUGUGAUAAAGGAGCAGACCAAAGAGCUGAGAGGAACCCAGAGACAGAUCACCAGAGACAGAUCUUCCCUGGAGAAACAGGAAAAACAACUGGAGAUGGAGAUUAAGAAGAUGGCGAAGACGGGGAACAAGGAGGCGUGUACCAUCCUGGCCAAACAGCUGGUUCAGCUGAGGAGACAGAAGAACAGAAGCUACGCCGUCGGUUCAAAGGUCACCUCCAUGUCCUCUCAGACCAAACUCAUGAACUCCCAGAUGAAGAUGGCAGGGGCCAUGGCUACCACUACCAAAACUAUGCAGGCUGUCAAUAAGAAGAUGGACCCUCAGAAGAUGCAACAGACCAUGCAGAACUUCCAGAAGGAGAACAUGAAGAUGGAGAUGUCAGAGGAGCUGAUUAACGACACACUGGAUGAGAUCUUUGACGAGUCUGGAGACGAGGAGGAGUCUGAUAGCAUUGUUAACCAGGUUCUGGAUGAGAUCGGCAUCGAGAUAUCAGGAAAGAUGGUGAACGCUCCUUCAACCAGCAGAAACAACCCCACCUCUUCUGCCACCAAAUCAGACGGCAUCUCAGACGAAGACAUCGAACGACAGCUCAAAGCCUUGGGAGUGGACUAACACACACACACACACACACACACACACACACGCACCCUGUGCCUGGACACACACCCUGUGCCUGGACACACACACACACGACUCCCCUGUUCAGUUUCUGACAUGCCUUUUCUGGGAUAUAGUGACACUAUUAUAUUUAUAUAUAUCAUAUCUUUUCAUUUUGAAUGCAUGAACAGUAGAAUCUGAAACUACCUUUCACCCCC